CCCCAGCUAGCUUGACAGCAACACUACUUGACAGCUCCCGUAACAGUUUGCAGUAACCUCACUGUCUGCUGCUGCUUUCUGCAUUGACAAACAACCUUACCGUAACCGAAACUGACUGAAAAUGUUGCGCUACAUCAUUGGUCUGAUCCGAGGCGGCUUUGACAGCAUCAUCAACUUGAUCUUCAGACUCUUCUUCUCCAAGAAGAAACCAGCCCUGACCUUAGAGGACCCCAACAUCAAGUAUGCACUGCGGCUGCUCGACAAACAGAUUGUCAGCCAUGACACAAGGAAGUUCCGCUUUGCACUGCCCUCCCCUGAACACAUCCUCGGUCUCCCCAUCGGGCAGCACAUCUAUUUGUCUGCAAGAAUAGACGGGAAGCUGGUCGUCCGUCCGUACACACCAGUGUCCAGUGAUGAUGACAAAGGCUUUGUGGACUUGGUGGUGAAGAUUUACUUUAAGAAUGCUCAUCCUAAAUUCCCCGAGGGGGGAAAGAUGAGUCAGUACUUGGAGAGCCUCAGGAUCAACGACACCAUUGACUUCAGAGGACCCAGUGGUCUUCUUGUUUACAAAGGCAAAGGAGUUUUUGCAAUCCAACCAGACAAGAAGUCCCCAGCUGAGACCAAGACAGCCAAACAUGUGGGCAUGAUCGCUGGAGGGACGGGGAUCACUCCCAUGUUGCAGCUCAUUACAGCUGUGAUGAAGGAUCCACAAGACCAGACCGUGUGUCACUUGCUGUUUGCCAACCAGACUGAGAAAGACAUCCUGUUGCGACCAGAGUUGGAAGAGAUCCAGGUCAACAACCCGGACCGGUUCAAGCUGUGGUUCACCGUAGACAGAGCACCUGAAGGCUGGGAGUACAGCCAAGGCUUCAUCAAUGAAGACAUGGUGAGGGAACACCUGCCACCUCCAGGUGACGACACUCUCAUCCUGAUGUGUGGACCUCCGCCAAUGAUCCAGUUUGCCUGCAACCCCAACCUGGACAAAGUCGGCCACUCCGACAGCCGGAGGUUUACCUUCUAGACAUCCGUCCUCAUCAUGGAAACGAAGUUUGGGCAUAUAAGGGCAUCCCGUUAUUCUAUUCUCUACCCCAAAGCGUUAAAGCACUCGUACAUUUGCAGUGGGUAUUGCACUAUGUAUACUAUAUUUAUGCCCUGAUAUUCAUCAUGCAGCAGAAUUACAGCAUGGACCAAUAAUUGUAAUCAGGAAGUGUCAUGGAAGGAGAAGAAAAUAGGAAAUAUGUGGGCUUGUUUGGGAUUGAAGUACGUGGAGGAGAUGGAAUAACCAAAAGUGUUUAUAUAUAGUUGUCUUGGAAAUAAGGAUGUGAUUCCAAAUCUGUUGCAAACAAUAUCGAGGAGUUAAGGUUAACUGGCUGUUUUCUGAGUGCCUUAACUUGCAAAGCUUUUUUUAUGCACACUUUAAGAUUCGCGACCACUUGCGUCAUUUAUACAGAGCUGUACUAAUUAUACUAAUUAUUCCAUUACUGCUGUUUUGAAUGUGUUACAGCGUUAUACCUGCCCUCUAUCUAUCUGUCGUCACGUCAAAGAUGUCAAUAUUUUGCUAGAACAUGUUCAGUGACUUGUUGAACGUUGUGUGGUUACUGAUACGAUGUCUUUGCUGCAAGUCUGGCAACAGUGGCUACCUGUGUGUGGAUAUGCAACAUAAAGCAACUACUGCUAUUGAA